AUGUUUGAACAUGAAGAUAUUAAAGGAUCCUUUAAUCCUUUGGAAAAUGUUGAGAGACAUAAAUCUGAUAAGUCCGUAACAUUUGAUUAUAUCAUAAGAGUGGUGCCAACAGUCUACGAAAACCUCAAUGGCGCAAUGCACUAUCCAUUCCAGUAUACUUAUACAACUCGGGAAAUUAAUUUCAUGCAAGGAUCUGUGACUCUUCCUGCUAUUUGGUUCCGCUAUGAUUUAAGCCCCAUUACUGUUCGCUAUCACGAAAAGAGGAAGCCAUUUUACACAUUCCUGACCACUGUAUGCGCCAUCGUCGGAGGAACCUUUACUGUCGCUGGUAUCUUUGAUUCGUUCAUUUUCACUGCGUCAGAGAUUCUCAAGAAGUUUGAGCUGGGAAAAUUGACUUAAUGGCAAAAUAGAUACAACACAAAUAAACUGAAAUUUUUACAACAAAAGCAAAGAUACAUCAUGAAUCGUCCAUAGAAAUGUCAAGCUCAUAAACGUUUGGAAGAGAUCUAGCGGUAGCUAUUUCAUAUAUAGAUGUUGUGUGUGUAUGUUACUGUAAGAAUUUGUAUAUAUUUAUAUAUACACACUCAUAGGUACAGAUAUACACAUACACGCAUACAUCUACAUAUCGAUCUAUAUCUGUUAGUCUGUCUAUCUAUCUAUAUAUAUGUUACAAUUAUUGUUAGGACGCUAAGAUAUCUUCCUACUUUUGUUGACAUGAAAACAAUGGUAGCCAUAAUUCAUAAAUAAAGAAAUUACAUCCACAAAUGCGGUGU